AUGUUUACCGACAGGUCGAAGCAAGCUUUUGCUGACGAGACGUCUUACGUUAUCUCUCUUUCAGGUUAUGACACGCAAAGCUUGUGCUCGAACUACACGUUGAGGCGCCACAAAUUUGAGGCAGAGGCUAAUGCUGGAUGUCACGAAGCGAGGCACGACUGGAUAAAGUACAUUGGGCCGAUCGAACAAUUUGGGGGAUGCAAUCCCAUCAAUGGUAACUUCUCGGCUGUGGUUCUUCCACUUGCUAAGCCGGAGAGGCUGCGGCUGAUUGCAUAUGUGCUUGAGUACGCAUUUCUUUACGACAACAUGAUUGAGCUUGAGAAGUCAGAUACGUCGAGGUCCAACGACCACAAUAAACACGAGUGGAAGAACACGAAUCCAGCACUAGGCAAAACGCAGAUUCAAGCAAAGAUCAUGACACAACUCGCAUCCAUCGACAAGGGAUGUACUGAGCGCGUCAAACGCGUGUGGAAAGAAAUGAUUGCCACGACCUUACGAGAUAAAGACAAGUGUUUCGCCAACUUAGAAGAAUAUGUCGACUUCCGCAUGGUCGACACCGGAGCGCCGUUCGUGGAAGCUAUGCUACUCUUCGGCAUGGGCAUGACGCUCACUGAAGAUGACGACCAUCAACUAGAACCCGUCCGCGAGCCAUGUUACGCAGCUCUCGGUCUAGCCAACGACCUCUUCUCAUUCGAUCGCGAAUAUGCCGAGUUCAAGGAUGCAGGAAUGUCGCAGACGCUGACAAAUGCUGUCUGGCUUCACAUGCAAUGGUACAAUACGGAUGUGCAUGAAGCAAAAAGAAUGACUUUGGAAGCGACGAGAAGAUAUGAAGAGCAAUUCCUGAAGAGCUGCGCGGAGUUUCGGCAGCACAACACACGCAUGUCUGAGAAGCUAGACAUCUAUCUGGAUGCGCUGGCUUAUCAGGUCAGUGGCAAUGUCGUUUGGAGCUUGAACUGUCCAAGGUAUCAUCCUGAGUACCGAUAUGACCCAAACAAGGGUAUCGAGGAUGAGAUGACAGCUGAGUCACUUUCAGAGAUCCUCGGUAUCAAGUACGAUGCUAUCACAAUACUCUCAGAGGAGGAUAAGCAGGAUGAAGGGUCCAGACGUUCAUCUACCGACACGUCCCUUCAUACCUUUGAAGACGAUGGCUCAACAAGGGAUGAUGUCUCAAUAUCUUCUUGUACAUCUGCCUCCUCUUCGAGCUCGGAGACUAAGCACAUGGACGAGAACUGUUUGCUAGGUCCAGAACAUGUCGAUGCGCCCUUCGAAUACAUCACUUCGCUUCCUUCCAAAGGUGUGCGAGACACCUUCAUCGACGCACUCAACAUUUGGCUCGACGUGCCCGAGCCCACUGUGUCCCGCAUCAAAUCGCUAGGUAAUCGUCUACACGCCGCAUCCCUCAUGCUCGAUGAUAUCGAAGAUGGGUCUAAUCUCCAACGAGGCCAGCCAGCAACACAUACCGUCUUCGGCACUGCACAGACUAUCAACUCCGGAUGUUAUGAGAUCCUUCAAGCUGUGCAUGAGGCCCAGCAAUUGGGCGCAGCGGAGGCGAAGAUCGUCCUUGAAGAGCUCGCCGAAUUGCACAUCGGCCAAUCUUACGACCUCUUUUGGACGCAUCACAGCCGUUGCCCGUCCGAAGACCAGUAUCUGCAGAUGGUGAAGAAGAAGACGGGAGGUCUGUUCCGAUUGUUAGCUCGCCUUCUACUCGUAUCUGCAGAGAGUAACGCAUCGAAAAUCGCCCCAGGUAUUGAUAUCGAGAUCCUAGUCAGUCUCAUCGGGAUGCAAUAUCAGAUCCGGGAUGACUACCAGAACCUCCGGUCGCCGGAGUACAGCGCUCAAAAGGGCUUUUGUGAGGAUUUGGACGAGGGGAAAAUGUCGUUCCCGCUCGUUCAUGCUUUGAAUAGCUGUGAAGAUGAUGCGUCGUUGCGCGAGCUGCUUCAACAGGGUCGGGACGUUGGAUGUCUAUCGGAUGAGCAGAAACGGCUUGUGCUAGAACAGCUCGACCGUUUGGGGAGUAUGAUGCACACGCGAAAGACGUUGACGCGGCUACAGAGCCAGAUUUAUGAUGAUCUGAAGGGAAUUGAAGAUGCUAUGGGGAGGGAGAAUUGGAUCUUGAGGGCCUUGUUGCAGAGACUGGAAGUGUGCGACGAGACAUGA